GGUACUUUGCUCGACUCUGCACACCACCUCUGCCCCAGCCGCUCCUUGUCUCUCUGCGGUCAGUCUCGCUGAUUACUUUUUGCUGCUUCUCCCCUUCUCUUCUGCUCUUUGUUCUCUCUCCCAUCUUCUUACACCUGUGUCUUCUUCUAACGGCUGCUUACUCUUUUGAGUCCUGCUCCAGCGACCCAUCAACCACGAAUAUUUGCCUACUAACCGCGGCACGAACAUCUAUCCCUCGAUCGAUCAAAUCCCAAAGGACUACCCAAGAUGUCGUCUCCUCAGAAGCUCAGAACCACGGCCACCGAUCUACUUAAGAUCAAACACCCAGUCCUGCUUGCGGGCAUGAAUGUGGCCGCUGGUCCUAAGUUGGCCGCCGCAGUUACCAAUGCUGGAGGUCUUGGUGUGAUUGGCGGUGUCGGAUAUACUCCAGACAUGCUGCGGGAACAAGUUGCUGAGUUGAAGGGAUACCUGAAUGACAAGAACGCUCCUUUUGGUGUCGACCUGCUCCUCCCUCAGGUUGGCGGCAGCGCAAGGAAGACAAAUUACGACUAUACCAAGGGCAAGCUGAAUGAACUGAUUGAUAUCAUUAUCGACUCUGGGGCGAAGCUCUUCGUCUCUGCCGUCGGUGUGCCUCCCAAAGAAGUCGUUGACAAACUGCACAGAAAUGGAAUACUAUACAUGAACAUGAUCGGCCAUGUCAAGCACGUGAAGAAGUGCCUCGACCUUGGAGCUGACCUCAUAUGCGCUCAGGGCGGCGAAGGUGGUGGCCAUACUGGCGACAUCCCCACAAGCAUCCUCAUUCCCGCCGUCGCCAAAAUCUGUGCAGAAGCACCACCAUCCAAAUUCACCGGCAAACCAGUCCAAUUGGUCGCUGCUGGCGGUAUGUUCAACGGCCAAUCCCUCGCCAGCGCCUUGAUGCUCGGUGCCUCCGCCGUGUGGGUCGGCACUCGUUUCGUCCUCUCUGAAGAGGCCGGUGCCCCCAAGGCUCACCAGGAAGCUGUCCGGACAGCAGGAUUCGACGACAACGUCCGUACUAUCAUCUUUACUGGACGACCCCUGCGUGUCCGCAGCAACGACUACAUCCGCAAUUGGGAGGAGAACAGGCAGGCAGAGAUCAAGACCCUGACUAAUAAGGGCGUCAUUCCAGUCGAGCACGACUUUGAAGAGAAGGGCGACGACCUGACAGAUGAGGACAUGGAAAAUGCCCGCCCCUUCCUGAUGGGCAAGGCGGCUGCCGUGGUUAAUGAGAGGAAAUCCGCUCGCGAGAUUGUGGAUGAGUUCGUUAACGAUGCCGUCAAGUGCUUGCAGACCGGCAACUCCCUCAUUGUUUCGCAGAGUAGGCUAUAGUCAUGUCAUUUGGCGAGCGGCAAUAGCGGUGUGCAUGUUAGCUAUAUAGCUGGGUGCAAUUGAGAUGGACUGCGAUACUUGAGCCUACAAAUUCGUUCUGGUGCUGCUUCGGCAAUUCCGCUGGCUAGCAGCUCUGCUCUCUUCUUC